AUGAAGAAGACAGCAGACAAGACUGUAAAGCCUAAAACAGAAAAGCGCGUCAUGCUGAUGGCCGUGGUUUUGAUGGCCGCAGCAGUUGUUGUUUUGAUCAUCGGUAUGGUGUGGAUGCAGGGCGAAAUACGAAGUCUGUUAAACACUCUUAAAAAGUUCAAGGGAUGGCAAGGUAAUACUUGACUAUCUCACCUAUAGAUGAAUGCCUCUUUGCAAAAAGGACUUAUGCUAAUGAAAUGGCUAUACAUUCUCUGUAUACUCUGUUCUCAAUUAUGACGUAAUAAGUCGAUAAUGAGCGCCGUCGAUCCUCAAUGACUUGCGAUCAGGCGAUCGUUCCCAUUUCCAUUUUUAUACUGAAAGGAACAGAGUUGCACAGGAGUCGAAAGAUUGGAGAGGUAGCCUGCAGAACGGGCGCUGCAGUGUGCAUUCACCCGUCGGCAUGCAAAAGUGCCAGGGGAUCUGUGCCUAGACUCUUGCUUCACAUGCUGGUUCCACAGCCACCACUGUACUAGGUGCAGCAAGCUCCAAGCUGAUGGCUGACUCCUUGCAAGCGAGGAACCUAACCAUUAUAACUAAAUAUUACUAGGAUUCAUACAAUGGGAGAGGCUUGUAAUGGGCUGCACACAAUUUAGGUUUUUGAGCAGGGAUUGUAAGUGAGGUUCUUUCAGGCGCGGACCUAGGAUAACAUAUACUGACCGAUUUCUUAAACGAGCGCCGAAGGCGUCAGCUCCUAGGGAGAUCCGGCUAUUUGCGACUUCCUUCGGACGAGCUAAGAAGCAGAAUGUUUAGUAACUCAGCUCUUGAAUGAGUAUAGAGACGGUCAAAUAAGUAUUCCAUGUUGCAAGUCCUAUUUCGUGGAUCAACAUGUGACCGGCGUAACGGAAGGCCAUAGAAAAUGUCAUCAAAGAUAUGUGUCAAAUAGCUGUAAUUCAAAGGAGCCCCAAGGUUUGUUUACCAUAGUUAAAUAAUUUAGUCUGGCGAUGACAAUCUCCCUGCGAGAUGAUGAAGUUUUGGAAUUUCCUCAUAUGUUUUUAAAAAAGUUUAAAUUGAAGUUAAAGUUUUAGCAAAAAUUGGUUUUGAAACAAAUUGACCGAAAAAAGGUGAGCAUAAUAACGGAAAUGCUUUACUGAGGCUUUCGAUCAGUUCAACGCCGACGCAAAAAUUUUUGUGUGGGUCGUGAACACGUAGCCUGCGAACAGCAGACGCAUUUCCGGUCGAGAGAAGCGACGACCGGAAAUGCGUCUGCUGUUCGCAGGCUAGUGAACAGACGCAAAUAUUUUUAUGAGGGUGGUGAACCCGGGGUGUUGAAAAGAGGACCUCGAGAGUGUGCGCGCGAAUAGGACAAGCCCGAAAUGACCGCGCGACGCUUCGAUGCUAAGUAAUUUUUACGAAAAAGGAGAAAAACCACGGUUCAAAUUGUAACGAAACUGUUUCAAUUUAAACAGAGAGUCAAGACAAGGCAAACAGUUCCUACUCUUUGGCUGGUCGCCAAAACUCUCGAGGUGAUGAGAUGAGAGGCAAACGCGUGCGGCUUUUAAGGUCUCAGCCAGGUAGGUUAAUGCCUUAUCUAAUUUAAAGGCUCGUGUGUCGUUCGUGAGAUAUUUCUCUGUAUACUGCUCGAAAACAUUGAAUAACUAGUAUAUGAAAACAGACCCACCAUACAGGAUUUCUAUUGCAACUAAAUCGUGCAAAGUAAACCAUGUGUUCUCGGCUUGCACUGUCACGCAAUGAAAAAUAAAAAUGCAAACCAUUCAAUACAGAAGGACUAGAAUCUGGGAAAUGAAAAAAGAUAAAUAUACAAAAACCCUUGCCAAGAAUCAGGUCUGUGAAAUAUUUCAAAUGCGAGAUAUUGGGAAAAACGGUUUACCUAAAUUUGUAAAGCUUCGGUGUUAGACUACGAGUAGUCCCCCAUUUUUCCUCAGGGAUAGUAGAGCGAGCGAAACGCGAGCACGCGUGAAAAUCACCCCACGCGAGAAAAGGCGACACGCGGCGGGGAGCGUGUCGCCUUUUCUCGCGUGGGGUGAUUUUCACGCGCCCUCGCGUUUCGCUCGCUCUACUUUCCCUGAGGAAAAAUGGGGGACUACUCGUAGUCUAUGUUGGUGUCCCUUUCAGGAACACCAAUAUGGCCUCCGGAUACCAACAGAAACGUCUGUUUUCGAUUUUUCCUACUAAUGCGUGAAUUCUUCGCUUGAGGAACUCAUAAAGAUUACAGUAACAUUUAUUCUGCAACAACGAAUGUUUAGAUUGCAAAAUCUCCCAAAAUCGGUAAUGUUAAAAUUAACCCACAUAAGAGCUUUCCCGGCCGCCAGCUAAAUGCUGCGUCACGCAAAAGCCUGGAAAUUCAAGCGUCCUCUCUCGCAAAACGAAGAACCCUUUCGAACCAAAAAUUUGUUUAUGUAAAGGUGUUUAGGUACUGUAAUACCUCGUGGAAGUAGAAACUCAGAGGAAUCGAUAGUUUCUUAGUUUGAUUUUUGGUGACGUCACGUGCAACCCAAGAUAUAUCUAUUCUUAGCAAGAAAGCAAAUCAUAUAAACCAACAUUAUAUUGCUGUAAGUUUUACUAUUGCAAUAUUACAAAACAAACAUUACAAGUCAGAAUGAAGCCGUUCCUUGCCGCUUAAUGUUAUCUUGAUUCCUUCCCUAUACAUUUCUGCUGUCAGUUUUAGCUGCGCAUACCGACCAUUCCAAGUUGCAUCGACCAGGUUUUUGAUUAACGGAGGGGAGGGUGCAACCUGAGAUAACCAAGUUUGUGUCUGAGUUGACGAAGGGAUACCUGGGUUUACUUCGAACCAGAGGGUGCAUGGAUCAAACCUACGUGAAUGCCACACCCUUCUUUUACUUUUCUUUUUUGAGGGGCAGGAUGCGGAUCAGCCUUUGACGUGUGGAGACGAGUGGAGAGGGGGGAGGGGUGGGGUUGUGUGUGAAGUUAGUGGUAGCGUUACACUACAAUCUUUUUUUAAUGUCUUAUUUAAUCAGCUCUUGUUGUGUGUGGCAAAAAAGCUAUGCGUUUGUUUGCCGAUGAUUGAUUGAUGAUUGAUUAAAUUUGUUUUCUUAAUUCCUUUCUGUAGGUGCACAUCGCUGUGAGCCUAUAACAAUUUCAUUCUGUCAAAAUAUGCCAUACACUACGACCCAGUUUCCAAACUUCUUGAAUCACCGGUCACAAGACGAUGCCAAGCUAGCGAUAAAACGCAAAUUUGACCGGCUCUUAAAAAGCAAGUGCUCUCCUGAUAUGGCCCCCUUUUUAUGCUCCAUUUUGGCACCUCCUUGUAAUGGUACCCAGAAGCCUGUUUCUCCCUGCAAAGAGCUCUGCAAGCGCGCUAUGAAGAGCUGUAGGAAAGAACUCCAGCGAUUUGGAAUCAACUUAGGUUCAGCAAUGAAAUGUCGAAAUCAUCCUAAAGAGGCUACAUCACAGUGUUUUAAUGGAUCGUGGCCAAAGAACACACUUGGUAAGAAAUAACUUGAAAUCAGUCUUCACCAUCUUUGUUUCAAUUUAUUUAACACGUACCAUUAAAACUAUAAUAACGGACUCCUUUGUAACACAAACACCCUCGAGUUCAACAUUUUCAUCAUUCACCUUAGACUGCAAAACAGUCGGUUUUUUUCUCAAAAUCAGUAAAGAAAUCGGUAAAGCGUGGCGCAAGACUCUUGCGCACGCGAAGCGGGCGAAGGUUCUCUCCCCAGUCUCGCUCUCUGUUUUCAGCCUCGUUCCGGACAUUUUGUUUGACUGCUAGCGCUUAGUUGAAUACGCAAAAAUACGGACUGUUUUGCAGUCUACAUUCACCUCCCCAAGACCAACAAUAGGCGCGACUUCGAGGUCGGUUUUAGAGCUUUGACUGUAUACAAGUCGUUUUUUAACAAGUUACCAGAGGCGAAUUAUGCAAAAUCUGUGUAAACAUCGGAUCUCUAAGCGUAAACUGCGUACUUAUUUCAAUAUUUUGACAAAACUUUGCAAAUCAAAAGUUUAACUUAAUUUUGCGGGGUUAUCCCCACGAGUGCUUCGUGUGUAGGGAUAGCCAUGCACGAUGUCGAACUUUGGUGUACUAUGCCCCGGUCUUAUUUCCUUGAUCCGUAACUUGGAAUAAAGCUCAUCGCGCUAUCAAGAAAGAAGUCUGAAAAUGAAGAGAGAAAUGCAUCGACUGAACACGAGGAAGAACUCUCUUGAAUUUUCAGAGGCAAAGAGGCUGUUAACUGAGUGUUUUUACAGCUUGAUACUUAGGGUUGGUGUCAAAUAUUAGGACAACCAUUAAAACAAAAAAAUUCUAACGACCUGAGGCUACUCUCGCAAAGCAUUUAAAAAACGGGUUAAAUAAUAAUGCUUUUAUUUAUUUAGCACGUACUGUUGUUGGCUUGAAGUUUUUGUGUAUAGCUAUCACCUGUGAUGAAAGCCAUGCAUCUCUUUCGUUCUUAUUUGCCCACACAGCAACAGGAUGUCAGCCAAUAAUGUUAACCCAAUGCAUGGCAAACAACGAGACCCUUCCACCCGGGUAUGCACAGAUGCCUAACUACUUUGAUCAUGUGACUGAGCAGGCUGUCCGCGCAAGCUUUAAUCGGUUCAAUGACCUCUUUUUAGUCGCUCCUAAAGAGUGUUCGUCCAUGUUAGCCCGUUUUCUGUGCCCAAUGUACGCUCCAUCUUGUGAAGGCUCCAAGACCCAUUUGCCUCCUUGCAGAGAAUUCUGUGUGCAAACAAGAUCGCAGUGCAAGCGUUUCAUUAAUCAAGUCCACAGACAAAAUUCUUUUCAAUGGCCAACGGAUCUCAAAUGUAAAAACUUCCCACGUAAAGAUGAGGCUAGCUGUUACAUGGGGCCUUCAACUGAAGUGGCUAUUUCUAGGCCACCACCUGUACCAGGUAAGAUUUAUUUAAGACGUGUCUUCUUAACCAUUGUCACCCUCCUUGUCCACCAGGCUCCAUCGAUAUUUCCAUACCUUGAUGCGCGAAGCAAAGGCUCACUGUCAGUGGAAUUCUUGUCAUAAAAACUUUAAAAUCGUGAGAAGCAUGUUUCAGCAUGAACUUACAUAAAAUUUUUCAAAACAUGUAGGGUUGAUCAACUUUCUUGUUAAGUGGUGGAAACAUAAAUUUGGUAUUAACAGUAGAAAUGUGCAUUUGACUUUUUACCAGCUUUUAUGUAUUAAUUUGAAAACUUGUUUUGCUUUUUGGUCGUGAGCCUCUUUCAAAAUAGUUUACAAAGGUGAAAAUAACUGAAAACUUCAUAAAUUCUCUGGAAAGGGGCUGUUUCAAAAUUGCCAAGUUCUUUUUCUCUAUGGUACUCAGCGUUAGUGAAGAAACUACUUCUAAAUAUGAAAAUCACAGCUUCACGACAAACAAAGGUGUCUCCAAAGCAUUAAAUCAAAAGUUACAAAAGCGCAAAAACGAACGCUGAAAAACUGUUUGGCUAACAAGUUUUGAAAAGCCACUACUCCAAUCCGUUUUAAUCUUCUGUUUACAUAAAUAUUCCUUCUCCUCGUGUUUUGAGCGGAUAUUUUCAUAUUUUACUCAAUUUGGCGGAAGUUCUCAAUGUUUGAAUUUUGAUGAAUUUCGUGACCUGUAGCUCCUUUAAUUUGUUUUCUUCUCAGGCAAAUGCCAGGUUUUGACGAUUCCAUUUUGCCAAAACUUACCAUACAACAUGACGAUGUUUCCCAACCUUGUCCAUCACAAAACCCAAGGGGAGGCAGCCUUGGAAGUUCAUCAGUUUUACCCCUUGGUACUAACCAACUGUUCUUCGUACUUGACACUAUUUCUGUGUUCGCUCUAUGCACCUAUUUGCACGAUCCUGCAUAGACCGCUGCCGCCAUGUAGGGGUCUCUGUAACCGAGUAAAGAAUGGGUGUCUUCCUUUGUUACAAAAGUUUGGUUAUUCGUGGCCAGAGAGCAUGGCAUGUGAAAAGUUCCCUGAGAGGAAUGACCCUGGAAUAUGCGUGGACUUGGCGACCAUCGCUGCAGUCACGACCCAACCGCCACGCCCGACGGAAGGUAAGAUUAGUGUUAAUGAUAUAUGAAAUAAAUCAUAUAUGAACUGCGGAAAUGAAACGAAAGAGAAGAAAUGAUCGUCGCAGUGAACACAAUUUAUGCAAGUGCGUAAAUAAGCCUGAAAAAAAUUCAGGACUUCAACGGGGUUUGAACCCGUGACCUCGCGAUUACCGGUGCGAUGCUCUACCAACUGAGCUAUGAAGCCACUGGAACCAGGUACAUAAGAUACGUGAACGUGAAACUAGAGUCACGUUUGACGGCAGCCCUUUUUCCGCUAGUCUCCUUCGCAGCCGUUAUUAGGGUCGUCACUCGUCACGCAACGCUCCUAGUGGGGAGGAGCGUUGCGUGACGAGUGACGACCCUAAUAACGGCUGCGAAGGAGACUAUUUUUCCGCUGGCCUCAUAUUUCUUAGGCGCGUUCUACCCAAUCUACAGAUUAUCGGGGACUGAUUGUUAACAUUUUUAUCUGAACCUGUACUGAUUAAAAAUCAGAAUGACGCUCUUAUCGCAAGACUGUGCAACGGACAGUCACGGCGAAAUGACUUGGUAAAAGACUGGCUAACUGUCUUACAGUCUUAUUGUGUGUCUUAGAUUAACGAACAGACUGCAGGUAAAAUGAGCGAUUAACUAACUUUUUUGGGGUUUCCUGCCAAAGAUCAUUGCCAAUGGAAAUGAUUUAGCUGACUAAGAAACGGAUUAUUUCAGGUAAUCUAAAAAAUUGUUUUAUUUUUGCAGCAAAAGACAGAUGUGAACGCAUAGCUGAUGCUACAUGCAGUGCUCAGCAAUACAAAACGACCCGGAUGCCCAACUUCUUCAGGCACAAAAGUCAAAGCGAGGCUUCUGGUGAACUAAGCAAAUUUCGCCCUGUUAUUCAAUCAAACUGCUCAUCAGAGUUAAACUUCUUUCUGUGCUCCUUGUAUAUCCCGCGUUGCAGAUCAUACAAAACUUUGCCUUGUAAAGAGCUCUGUGUUCGUGUCAGAAAGAGUUGUCGUGUUCAAUUUCGCGAGAUAGGAUUCAAGUUUCCAGUGUCUUGCUCCAAGUUACCAAGAAAAGGCGAGUCCUCUCAAUGUAUUGACGGAUCGCGUCCCACCCAGGUGGCCAAGACCACACCCUCUUCCGCCGGUAAGUAGGUCUCACUACAUUUAUAUUCAAACUUUGGGUACUUUUCGCAUGCCUGCCUGACCAGAACAAUAACUAAUAGUAGUUAGUUGUAACUACAACUGUAGUUGUUGUACACAGAACAACAACUAACCAAGAAAGAAUGGAAGGACAAUUAAUCGCAAGAUCUUCUGAGGUUUAGCCGGCGGAGAUCUCCACUUGGUCUGAAGCGUGUUAUGACCAAACGUUUAGCUAUGUGUAGGUCCCUACGAGAUGGGACUCCCGGGGGGUACUCCUGGGAAUUCUAGGUGGGGAUGUGCCGCCCGGUUCUCCAAAUCCUGACCCUCUUUCAGACCAAAAAAUGUAAUUUUCCACACCCGUUUUCAGACCUGGCCUGUGGGCAGAAAUAAUCUUAUCAUUAUUAAGAUUAGAGCGCAAACAAAAAAAUUCUUCAAAUCCAUUUCGAAUUCGCAUGUUUCUCCUUUAAUCUUACUCAUUUGGAAUUGAAAAGAUAAAUACGUUCAUAAACUCCCGUAGUUCCCUCGAAAACCACACCCAGUUCCAGUCCAAAUUAAAAUGUGCAAAGUGUAAACCCGUUUUUAGACCAAAACGGCUCACAAACCGUACCUGAUGGGGCGGCACAUACCUAUACAGCUUAUUGAAAACGUUACAGUCAAGAAGACUUUUGCAGGGACUGAUCAGACAACGUGAAAUAGAGUUAAGUUACGAUAUUUCAACUGACCAAUACCAGUACUAGUAUUGGCCAGUCCAAAUAUCGCAACUUAACUCUAUUUCACGUUAUUUGAUCAGUCCCUGCAAAAGUCUUCUUGACUGCAACGUUUUUAAUUUGAUCUAUUUUGACUGAUCAAGAUCUUUUUGGAUCCGACGCGGCACGUUGAGCAAGAUUGAUCGCAAACGGUUUUUGUAUUGGUUUUUUUUAUAUAAGGGAGUACCCCCCCUCCCCGGGGAUCGGACUAAACAAAAAACGAAGUGGUUACUGCCGAUCUGACUGGUAAUACUCCUCUCUUUGAAGCCCGGGAUGGUCCACGUUUCCCAAAAAAAGUCAACCUCCGACUAGAAGCGUUUCUUCUAUUUUUUUACCGAAUUUCCGGUGAUUUUGGCAUUAAAUAUAAGCACCUUCCCUAGCACCUCCUGUGGAUGACAUGAGCUUCUUUUCUACCGUAGCCAGGGAAAACUGGAUAGAGAAAACCAUCUCACCCGCAACGCAGGUUUUUAGAUCAGUGGUUGUGGACAGUUAAAAGAUUUUUCUGCAAUUCGAAAACAAAACGCACUCUCGACUCAUGCAAAAAUCGCUUUGAACCAACUUAUCUUUGCGGGUUUUAUGUCUCCUGUAAUAUGACUAGUCAUUACAUUUCUUCAUUUUUUAAAUUAUCAUUUCAAUCGUUAGUUGCCAAUUCAGGCCGCUGUGAAGCACUGGUCAUUCCACUCUGCAGUGGUCUGCAACAGAACAUGACGUUGUUCCCAAACAUUUUGAACCAUCGAACACAAGAAGAGGCCGCUUUAGAGGUUCAUCAAUUUUUUCCACUUGUGAAAGUGGGCUGUUCCCCAUAUUUGGCCCAGUUCCUGUGCUCUGUUUACGCUCCGCCCUGCGAAGAACCACGCCAGCCUUGCAGAGAGCUUUGUAACCAAGCAAGAGGGGGCUGCGAGGCGCUUAUGCAGAGAUUUGGCUUCACCUGGCCGGGGAUUCUGGCUUGCAAUAAAUUCCCAACUAGACAAAACGGGACUAAUUGCAUUGGCUGA